AUGGCACCCGGUGCGAAGACUGAGAUCGUGGAUGUCGUGGCAGCAAAGCAGGAAGACCCUCAGCCGGACUUGGCUGAAGGUCAAGGCACAGCACCGAAGGAUGGUAUCGACCUGGAGAUGUCCCACAGCGAGGCAUCAGAGGAUCUGGGAAAGCCAACAGAGCAGCCCCCCGUCCGGCUGAUGUGCCUGGUCAUGCUGAGCAUGUUCCAGGGCUACGCCUCCAUGGUGGGCCCCCUGCAGUCGGCCUACAAGCACAGACUGGGAAUCAGUACCGAUGGAACCGCAGCGGCGCAUGCUUUCACCCAGGCAGCUGUAGGCGUCCACUAUGGCAAGUUGAUCGCCCGCUUGGGUCACAACGUCGUCUUUGCAUGCCUCAGCCCGUGGACUCGGGUAGUGAUUGCGAUGUGCUUCAUGUUUCUGGGAGUGACAAUCCCAACUUUCCUAGUCUUCACAUUGGGCUGGGACUGGGUAGGUUCCGUGUUCAUUGCUUACAUGCUCUCCGGCCUAGGGCUCGGAAUUUUUGAGGUGACCUUCCUUAGUGUCAUCACGCCUUUGGGCAGGGCCACAAAGGCAUGGGCCAUUGUAGGCUGCCCGAUGGGUUUCGCAACCAUUAAUAUCCUUGGCCUUACGGCAAGCUCCUUCGGGGUCGAAAUGGUGUACAUCUUCUACUACAUCCUGGCCUGCCUGCCGAUUGGCCUGGCCAUCUUCUGCCGCCUGGCACCUCGUGGCUGCAGCGAGCUGAAGACGGCCAACUUCAGCGCAUCCCUGUUGCAGGUGCGGCGAUGGAUGCCAGGCAUGAUUCCUUUCUUUGCGGCGCAGUUCCUGAGCCACUUCGCCAUGGAGAAUUGGCCAGCCAUUUUCUACAUGUUCCAUCCUCCCAUGGUGCCUCUCUUUGAUCCUCAUAGUGAGCAGCACCUCAUGAAAUGGGGCCAGUUCUUCGCUGUCACUUAUGUUUUCAUCUUCCUGGGUGAUUCCAUUAGCCGUCGCAUUGCUAUCUACAUGUCCACUCCUAGCUUGCGCCGGCGCCUAGCAUACUUGGGAGUGGCGAUGGCCUUGAUCGGCAUAGGUUUGUACCUGGAGUCCCUCGCAAUUGCCAUUGUCAUCCCCGUGGCGAUCUUCCUCGUGUUCUGGGGAAAUGGUACCAUCUAUGGUCUGACAGCUAACCACGUGGACAAGCACGUUCCAAGUGAGCACAACUUGGCGUCAUACUCUUUCUGGUGCUUCGUCGGUGACUUGGGCGCUAUUCUGGGAGGAAUUCUGGUGGACAACACCCAUGAUCUUUUCUGCAGGGGACACGAGGGCCCUUUCGAAUGCUAA